CUGGGCUAAACAAUUUCUCAUAUUAGAUUCGAGCAAUACCCAAAAACAAACACUCUCUAUCUCUCUAUAUCUCCGUCGUCUCCGACAAUAAUACCCUCCAUUUCCACAGAGAAAUUCGAAAAGGAAGACCUCGCCGAUCCGAUAAUGUAAACAAGAAAAAUGAUUCAAAUUCAAUCCCUGUUUUCUCUUAACACUGAUUCUCUCCUCCAUCCCACAAGUUCAAAUACAUAUAAUCACUCACUUCUAUAGCUAUAAUAUUCAAAAUUUUGCAUUUUGUAUAAUACAUAUACAUAUAUAGAUAUCUACAGGAUCAACAGAUAAAAAUAUAGAAAGAAGAAAAAAUGGAUCCAGAGCAGACGUUUAUAAGGGUACAAGAAAGAUUUUCACAGAUGCUAACGCCUAAAGUGAGGGCUGCUUUGGAGUAUAUGUAUUUGUUUGUAGCCGUCACUCUCUUUUGCAUUCUUGUUGUUAUGCACGCCAAUUAUGUUCAACAGCCUGGAUGUUCAAGUGAGUUCUCUGGUGUUGAAACAAUGGGGGCCCAGCUUAUUCAAAUCAAGAUAACUAGUGCAGGCUUGUGGUCACAUAAUGGGUCCGAAUCCAUUAUAGUAGAUGUUCCUUGUGUGGAGUCUCUACCAGAUGAGUUAGAAUUGUCAAACGUGAUUGAAGAUGGGUUGACAUUUCUGGCUCCAACCUUUUGGUUGAAUUGGAUUGGUUCAAGUGCUAGGAAAGGGAAGCUAGUGUUGAAAUUUUGGAAGACUGAUUCUGAACAUCUCGAACAUCAAACUGGAAGCUCUACCAAUGGUGAAAGCUCUAAGCCAAUUUUUGAUGAUGUUGCUGCCAAAACUGAUAAAAUAGAUACACGCAAUAGUUUCCCUGUAUCAGCCAAGGAAACUUUUAAAGCAGCCAUGGUUCAUUUUGGUAAAAAGUGGCACAGGCGUCUAUCAUUCAUUUGGAAACAUUCAGUGCAAAUAAUGCGGAGUUUUCAGAAGUUAUGGAAUAUAACCGGCAUCCAUUUAAAUCUUGAUGUUCCCAAGUGGAUGAGAGUAUUUUACUUGGACAGGCUUAACUCAUAUGCAGUUCAAUGGCUUGAGAAUAAGAGCAUGGCGUUUGAACCAACUUAUUUAUACACUAUGGAAAAGGGUUAUUUCUUGCUUCCUGAAGAUGCUAAGUCUCGACAUAAUAUACGUACCAUUAACAUUAGCAUAUCAGCUCGACAUCCUUGUUUUGGAAACAGGUGGCAGCAGCUUCUCAUUAAUAGAAUUGUUGGAUAUGAUACUAUCCUGAUGAAUAGUUUAUUGAGUUCUCCCGGACAAGGAUAUCUUUACAAUUUUCAAACAAAGGAGUUCUACAAUCUUAGUUAUCCACAAGAACCACCUGAAGGUCCUGCAAAGUUUGGAGACUAUCUUGUGACCAAGUGUGGUGUGCUUAUGAUGUCGCUGUUCGUUUUCUUCACCACCACAAUGUCAGUAUCCUUUACAUUGAGAGAGACGCAAACUCGCAUGUUGAAAUUUACAGUGCAGCUUCAACACCAUGCUCGACAUCGGCUUCCAACCUUUCAGUUGAUCUUUGUCCAUGUGAUUGAGUCACUCGUCUUUGUUCCUAUAAUGAUUGGCAUCUUAUUUUUUCUAUUCGAGUUUUAUGAUGAUCAGCUUUUGGCUUUUAUGGUCUUAAUUCUUGUUUGGUUGUGUGAAUUAUUCACACUGAUCAGUGUCCGUACACCAAUAUCAAUGAAGUUCUUUCCACGCUUCUUCUUGCUCUAUUUUCUGGUUUUUCACAUCUACUUCUUUUCCUAUGCCUAUGGUUUUUCAUAUUUGGCUUUAUCUACAACCGCAGCAUUUAUGCAGCACCUCAUUCUAUACUUCUGGAACCGUUUUGAGGUACCAGCCCUGCAGAGGUUUAUGCAAAACCGACGGUCUCAGCUUCAGCAACAUCCGGACUUCCACAUCACAUCCUCUACCAUCCUCGCAUCAACUCUACACAUUACAAGGUUGAACACCAGGAAUGAAGGUGUUAAUACAGACUUGGCAUCUGGACCUGGAUUGAGACCUGGAUCUGACCAAGCAAUGCCAGCAAAUGGAAUAGUACCUCCUGGGCCUCCACAACAACGCGUGGGAAAUGACAACCUGGGCAGAGUAGGCAACACCACUCAGAUUCCUGGUCAAACAGAUCUUCGGCAAGCAGAAACUGGUCCAAGCCCUGGAUCCAUGAACUCAUUUAGCUCACUGCUGUUAUGGAUCUUGGGAGGGGCUUCUUCUGAAAGCCUGAACUCAUUCUUUUCAAUGUUUAGAGAUGUCAGAGACCAAGGGCAAGUUUAUCCUGACACCCCCAGACCUGAAAACCGCGCGGAUCAGGAUGUGCGAUGAUUGUGAGUGCAUCUGAAAGGGGUUCAAUGUUAGUUUUUAACUGUCAGAUAUCUGUAUUGUUAGCUGAUCAUAUAAUGUACGGCGGUGUAUACUGGAAUGUCUGUAUAGAAAUGAAAUAUGUAUCAAUAUCAAGUGUUAACUGUUAACCCUCUUUUGAAGAAAAUCUAGAGGGUUUGUUCUGUUGUGGAAAACAGAUGAUCACAGAGUUAUACAUUACAUCUUGUAGCUCAAAAGUGUUUUACUUGGCAGAAUCUGCUCUAUGAUGAGCUUUGUCCACAAAA